AUGAUCGAAGGAAAGUUCUUCAAGAGAUUGGAAACAUUGGUGUACCUGAGAUGCCUGAAGGAAGAUGAAGCGCUAAACGUUCUCAGGAGAAUUGAUCAUAUAUUAUUAGAGACAACAGGAUUGGCUGAUCCUGCACCUCUUGCAUCUGUCCUUUGGUUGGAUGAUCAACUGGAAUCAGCUGUGAGACUGGACUCUAUUAUUACAGUUGUGGAUGCAAAAAACAUACAAUUGCAACUUAAGGAAUACAGUGAUUCAGCUUCAUUUCCUGAAGCAUUUUUUCAAAUUGCAUUUGCGGAUGUUGUGAUUCUAAAUAAAAUUGACUUGAUCCUUCAAGAAAAUAGAUGCGGCGAUUCGAUCACAGAGAGUUUGGAGGAUAUAGAAAAAAGGAUUCACAGCAUUAACUCCCUUGCUACCAUUCUUCAAACUGUUCGUUGCCAAGUCGAUUUACACGAGAUAUUGGAUCGAAAGGCCUAUGGUGCUAAUCAUUUGGCUCAUUUGGAAGCUCUUUUGGAAGAUAGUAAAACAGCUCCCGUUGGCAGCCGCCACGACUAUAGUGUACGAACCUUUUGCAUUUUUGAGGAGCUGCCUGUUGAUUUAGACAAGGUGCGGCUAUGGCUGGAAGAUCUUCUUUGGGAGAAGAAAUCUCAUAUGGAUGUGUAUCGCUGUAAAGGAAUUCUAAAUAUCCAUGGUUCGGAUCAACUUCAUACUUUACAGGCGGUGAGAGAAAUAUACGAGGUUGUUCCGGCGCGGCGAUGGCUUGAGACCGAGCAAAAGACGAGCAAGAUUGUGUUCAUAGGUCGCCAUCUGGAUGAGACUGUUCUGAGGAACUCUUUCAGAUCCUGCAUAUUAUAAUGAAGCAGGCAGUCCUUAAUAUUCAGGCAACUAUGGACUCUCAGUUAGCUAAUCAAGGCAUGUAAGGAUCUCUUAUAAAACUUGCUAUGAAAUUUAAAAAAAAAAAGAUUUUG